AGCGCAGAUGGGGGCGGCUACUUUCUAGAGAGCACAGGUGUGGAAGCGAGCGCCGCGCCCCUAGCCGGACGGGCUUCUGAAGGUGGCAGGGAGAACUCUCCUUGCCUUUUAAAGUUUUUCCAAGUCUUCAGUUUUCCCUUCUGCAUGAUGGGGAAGUUCUUUCAUUCCUAAUAGAUUCAGGAGAUUUGGGUUAUUCAGGAGACAACUGGGGGGAACAGCUCAAAGAGAGGUUCAGAGGAAAUUGAGUUGGACUCCUACCUGAUCCCCCACUAUGGUAGGAUGAAUGUGGGGGUGGCACACAGUGAAGUAAACCCCAACACUCGAGUGAUGAAUAGCCGGGGCAUCUGGCUGGCCUACAUCAUCUUGGUAGGACUGCUGCAUGUGGUUCUACUCAGCAUCCCCUUCUUCAGCAUUCCUGUUGUCUGGACCCUGACCAACGUCAUCCAUAACUUGGCAAUGUAUGUCUUCCUCCACACGGUAAAAGGUACACCCUUUGAGACCCCUGACCAAGGAAAGGCUCGACUAUUGACACACUGGGAACAAAUGGACUAUGGGCUCCAGUUUACCUCGUCCCGCAAGUUCCUCAGCAUCUCUCCUAUUGUACUCUACCUCCUGGCCAGCUUCUACACCAAGUAUGAUGCUGCUCACUUCCUCAUCAACACAGCCUCCUUGCUCAGUGUACUACUGCCUAAGUUGCCACAGUUCCAUGGAGUUCGUCUCUUUGGCAUCAACAAAUACUGAGGGAUGAGGCUGAGGACAGCUCCACAGGAAUGGGGAAGGCAUUGGAACAAAGGGCUAUAACAUCCUUCCCUUCUUCUCCAUACUGUCUUCUAUAUUUUGAAAGCCAGAGAACUGUACAACUUUUCCCAAACUCCCAGGAAGAGAAGAGAUUGGAAAAUGGGGAUCCUAGGCCCAGCCCUGCUAGGGGCAAGUUUCUUUGACUCUGGAAAGACAGGUGAGGUAAGGGACAAAUCACGCUGCUCCACAGCAGGAAGCCGCUUGAGCAGCUUCUUUGGUGAUUACAUUUCUCCCUAUCUUCCACACCUACCACUUUCCAGCUCUGUUUUGCUGUGUAUUUCCUUAUAAUAAAGGUCAUUUUUUUA